UUGUAACCCAUCUGUUACUAUACGCGCGCUCCGCGUGCAGAGACGAUAAACUGUCAUGACCUACAUUUCUGCGCGCAUUGAUAUAGCCGUAGUGAUUUGCCCGGUAUUCCGUUUAUGGCGAGGAGCAAAUUAGGUACAGUCACUCCAUUCUUCCAUUCAUGAUCAGCUGAUACUAUAGGUUGUAGCAGGGACGUGUUCUAUGAAAACAAUGAACGGUACACAUUUAAACCAACCAGCCUUUCCUACUGCCCCUGGGGGAGGGGUACCCACGUUUACUAUGGAAAAUGUCGACCCUUCAGGUUUGGAAGAAGAAUCGGACUCUGAUGGGGAGAUUUCUGUGGCAACUAAUCCCCAGGGUCUCAAGCCCGGGAAAAAGACGAAAGGACGUGUCAAAAUUAAAAUGGAAUUUAUUGAAAAUAAACUGAGGCGAUAUACAACUUUUAGCAAACGCAAAACUGGAAUUAUGAAAAAGGCUUACGAACUGUCAACUUUAACUGGCACUCAAGUGAUGCUGCUUGUGGCCAGUGAAACUGGUCAUGUCUAUACAUUUGCUACAAGAAAACUUCAACCUAUGAUCACAAGUGACAGUGGAAAAGCAUUGAUCCAAACAUGCUUAAAUUCUCCGGAUCCACCACCAGGCUCCCAGCCCCAGAUAACAAUGGACCAAAGAAUGAAUCCAACUGGAUUUGAGGAAACAGAAUUGUCAUAUGCAGUGGGUGAUGAAGAUCACACAAAAGUAGACAAUACAAUGAAGCCCAUGUUUAUGCCCAUGUCCAUCCCCGAGACAGGAGUGAUCAAUAGGAGCUCACCGGAUAACACCAGUGGUACUUCUUCCCCACCCCAGCAGUCUACCCCAAGCAGCCAAACCACCCAACAGGCAACGCCCACAUCAUCAGCCGCCAAAAAUCUGGCCGGCAUGUCUAACGUUAAUCUGACCAUCCCUGGCUUGCCACCAGGAGCAGUGUUAGUCCCACAAGUAGGAGCAGGAUCAUUGAUUCCUAUCCAACAGAAUGGGCAGCAGAUGGGACAGUCCAAUCAGGCUCAGACUCUGUAUCGACUACCCAACUCGAAUCACAUUGUAGCUCUCUCAAAUGCUGGCACAGAUUCCUCCUCCCAACAGCCACAGGCUACUUCAGGAUCCAGUUCUGAUAACAUGGCUACACUGACCAAUGUCAGCACAGCAGGACUACAGACAGCUCAAGCAGGAACACAAAACGCAGCAGCAAUGACUCCCGGUGUAGUAAUGUAUCACACCCCUCAGGGUAUUGUGUAUGCCCCCACAACACUUCAGGAUGCCAGCCGAUCAGUCUUUAACUUCCAGCAGACACCUACAGCUCUGUCCUUACCUCAGUCUGAGAAUGGACAGCAGAUCAUCACAAUCCCCAUACCGGUCAGUCUGGCUGGAACAGGAAACUCGCAGGUCCCAGUCUAUCAGUUUGCAACUCAAGUGGCAGACACCUCACAGUCGACCUUGUCUCAACCCACACCUGCAAAAAAAUCAAAGAAAUGAGAGGAGAAAACUGUCCCACUGACCAAACAGUGAAUGGAGUUGUCUGCUCUUUAGAGGAGUGAAACGGACAGUAUAGUUAUGUGCCCUUGCAUAAUGAAGGUUGUCUUCCUUAAACAUUCUGUGGUGACUUUAUUUGUGCCAAAAUACAGACUAACUAGAAUGAGAUAAUACAGUUGUAUUGCAUAUUGAGAACAGACUUUGAAAUGUUUUGUGGUGUUCUCUCCAAUGUGCUCAUACAGCAAUCUCUGGUUCAUGUCCAAAUGCUGUGUGUGCAUACACACGUCAGAAUAAUGUUGUGGACACCAAAGAGCAUCAUUUCAGAUAAUUUGUCUCCUAAAUAUAACAAAUGGCUAUAAAUUUCAUAGCCAAAAACUAAUUGCAAGUCAAAUUCGCAGUUCGUCACUAUAUUGCCAGCAAUCCUUUUAGAGUACCAUUUAAAUUUUCAGACUCGUAUUUGGUACAGAGAAAUUAUUGUUAAAAAAAUCAAAGGACAGGGUCAUAGUAAUUAUCCACUUGCAACGAAGUAAUGCAUAUGUGAGUGAUGUAUAUUUCCAAUAUUAGAUUUAAUGUCACAGUUAAUAAAUAGAUAUGGCCAGUUAUGAGGGGAUGCUUUACUUUCCAAUCUGGUGUUAUCAUACAAAUUUUAAAGUGUUUGAAAAUGGUGCUCUUUGAGUGAUGUCAAAUUGCCAGGGGAUUUUCUGCUUUGCAGUGCCCAUGUUUAUAAUUUUAGUUAUUUAGAUACAAAUUGUAUUUAGUAGCAUGUAUCCUAGUACAUAUUCAAGAUGAAUUUUGACAUUGCAUUUGAAAUAAUUACGUGUAGCUGUAUUGAAUAUAUCCCUAUCCCAAUUUAGAAUUUAAAUUGAGAUCAAAUCACAAAACUUCCAUUUUCGCUCACCAGAGUCUCCUGUUAUUCUAACCCUUAUAAAGCAAAGUUCUACAUUGUCCAGGGGACUGUGAUUUUUGUAUCCAGCAAAGUUAGGAUAGGCCAAGACUGGUGAGUGAGAAGAAUUGUGAUUGACAGGGUUAGCACAUGUAGAGACUCAGCUGAAUGAGAAUACUGCAGUUCUUGGUGAAGUUAGGUUUGUGUAGCCCAAGACGAUAUCCUGGUUGUGUGUACUCGCCCUGACGGCUGAUGUAUGGUUUUACAGGAGACCAUCUUAUUAUGCUGCUCUGCUCAUUAUCUACACAAAUCUUUUAAAAAGUCUUUCUGAAUGCAGGAUGUCUGGGGAGAAAAAUUAAUUUUAUACAUUGUAUGGUAUAUAUACACAAACGCUAUAUAUUAUAUAUAUUUUUGUACCUUACUGUUGCAUUUUAAAUAUUGCCUGCAUAAACUCUUUUUAUUUAUUUAUUUGGUAUAAAUGUAACAAGUGUGAGUGUUCGAUUUAUCAUGAGCACAGGACUAUCAGUUACUAACAGAAUGGCAGCUGUAGUUUAGAAUUGUAGAUUAAAAUAUUGGUAUUGCUUGUGAUUUAUAACUUCAGAUCACAGAGACAUUGCAUUGCAGCUUUGGACCAAUUUUUAAUGUUGUUAUAUAUCUUUUCACAGUUAUCUUUUUAGUGUAAAUGAUCUUUAAUCAAUCUGUCAUAAAUCAACGAUUGGUUCAAUUUCUUGCAUAUUAAUCGAGUAUGAUACUUGUUAGAAUAGAUUUUGUAAAGUGAUUAUGUAAAUAUGCAUGAAGGUGUCUCAUUUUGUAUGUUGUUAAUGGCCUUUCAUCAUAAAAGUAAUAAGUCCUUAAUCAUGGUCAUAGGAUACCCUGAAAAAAAAUUGUUGUAGAAUUUUGUAUAACUAUUUGUAAAUUGUUUAAUUUAGAUAAAAACCCACAUUAACCACAAAAUUUUCCUAUGCAACAACCUUUAUUUUUGCUUUAUUCAUAAAUCUUCACUGGAAAAUUCAGUGGGAAAACGCUACCCAAAAACUGAAAUCAUUCAAAAGUGUCUUUUUUUAUUGGAUGACCGAUUUACAUUAUUGUUUGAUCAAAUAAUAGAAAAUUCCACGUAAACACAGCAAAAUCCUACUUUAAUUGAUGCGCUCCAACUUUUGGGUAUCCUAUGACUUUAACAUCAGAAGUGUACUGGAAGCAGAUUGAAUGUUAAGUCAUGAACUGCAUAUUAUUUUAUGUAUAAGUUUCUUGAUUUAUACUAGUUCUUUACUGACAUCAGUAUGCACUAGUCAUUUCUCGGUUGAAACUGCUUCUUGUUUAUAUGUGGUAUUUUAAUGAGCAGGUAUGUUGAAAUCCAGUAUGUAUUUAUUGAUGUUCAAGGCAAUGUGUCAUAUCAUGAUUUUUUUUAAAUUUAUCACAUUAAGAAAUUUUGAGAUUAAUGUAUUUGUAAAAUUUAUGAGGUGACAUAUUUAAUUCUUAUGUCUGUUACUUUAUAUGAUUUAUUAAAGAUAACUACACAUGGUGGAAA